CAAAAUACACUAAAACAAACGCAGCCUAAAAGUGAACCAGAAAGAAACAUGGUACAUAUUUCGCCUCUAACCUGAGAAGUCAGAACGCCUCCUCUGCUUCUUCCCUCUCUCGACGGUGACCGCCGCUCAUCAUACCGCCGUCAGUAGCCACCCCCUCACUGCUUGCAUACGAGUUUGCUUCUUCCUCUGAAUCAAGUGCUUGUGCUGUUCGAGACUUCGAGUGCUUGUGCCCUGUGUUGUUCUUUCGCAAUUGAUGCGAUUCUGCAGCUGAUACGAAGCGAAUAUGAAAGAAAUAGUAACUCUCCAAAUUGGUGAUUUUGCCAAUUUCAUUGGCUCUCACUUCUGGAACUUUCAGGAUGAGUUGCUUGGAUUGGCUGGGGACCCUAAUGCUGAUUCAGUCUUCAAGAGUCCGGAUCUUAACAUGGAUGUGCUUUAUCGUAGUGGUGAGACACAGGGCAUCAAUACAUAUACUCCUCGCCUAGUUUCAAUAAACUUGAGAGGAUCCCUUGGAUCUAUGAGCUCACGUGGUACGUUGUAUAAGGAGGUUUCUCCCACAACAUGUGUGACCUGGACAGGUAGAGUUUCCACCGAAUCCUCUCAGACUCACAAAAGAAAUUUAUUUCUACAAAGACUUAAUGAAGAAGAGGAAAAUAUGAGUUUGGCAAAUGAGAUUAGUGGUACAGACAAUGGUUCUCAGAGUGAGUAUCAGGAUAAUGAUAUAGUUGAAUGUCUAGAAAAUGGUGUUAAGUUUUGGACUGACUACUCAAAAGUACAUUAUCACCCCCAAAGUUUACAUGAAUUAAAUGGAAUUUGGACGGAUGCUGAGGAAUUUGACAAUUAUGGAAUUGGAAGGGAGUCCUUUGCUUGGGCUUCACAAGGGGAAGAAAUUAGUGACAGGCUUCGUUUUUUUGUUGAAGAGUGUGACAAUAUUCAGGGAUUUCAAUUUGUUGUUGACGACUCUGGUGGUUUCUCUGCUGUGGCUGCUGAAUUUUUAGAGAAUAUUGCAGAUGAAUACCCAAAUACUCCUGUCUUGUUGUAUGCAGUCCAAGGCUCUAGUUCACAUAAAAGUUUGAGCAGGAAGCAUACAAUCUCAGCUGAGCUUCAUGAUGCUGUAUCGUUUUCAAGACUAUCAUCCUUCUGUAAACUUAUUGUACCUGUUGGUCUGCCCACAUUAAGCAAAAGUAAAGCUUCUAAGUUCCUCCACAUUGAAGAUGAGAAGCAUUACCAUUCAAGUGCAGUUUAUGCUGCUGCCCUACACUCUAUUAGUCUUCCUUUCCGAAUGGCACCAGUUGGGCCUGCUACAGAUGCAUGCUCGGUUUAUGGGGCUGUAAAUUUUCAUGAAGUCAUACAAAUGUUAUCAGGGCAAGGAAGGCAGAAUAUGGUGUCAGUUCUUGAUGUUGCCAUGCCCCUACUUGCUUUAACGGGGGGACAGAAUGAAUUGUCUUUGAUAGGGAACUUGCAUCCAUUGACCCCACAGAUAGCAGAGGAUGUUGAGGACAUGCAGGCAAUUGAGCACAUAGCAGUCCAUGGAGCUUUUGCAUCAGAAGGUCACCGUGCUUCAGUCUGCAAGGUAAAGGAUACAGUAGAUGCUGCUUUUCAACGUGCCAAUACAAGGCCAAUGUUCUGCCAUCUAGCAGUAGCUCCCUGUCCCUUGCCUAUUCCCCUGCCUUUCCCAUCAAUCUUUGCAAACCAAGUUGGCCGGCAUGGCGAAUUGAUAGGCGGUCAAAUGUCUAGUACUUCAUCAAAAGGAUCCCUUGACAUCCAUUCCAUUCCCAUGGCUGCCCGAUUGCGUUCCAGCAGUGCUGUCUUACCACUGCUCGAGAGUAAAUUGCGAAAUCUGAAUCGGUUCGGAACUGCACGAGGAGCAUCUGGGGCAGAGUUACUUAGAAGCUGGGGCUUUGGAAAGGAAGAAUUGGAGGAAAUGGGAGAGAUGUUGUCUAAAAUGGUUGCGGCUUUGAGUCCUCCUCAGUUCUCUUCCGAUUCAGAUUAGACUGCAUACAUUGUUCUUGAUUCCAAAAAGCAAGAAGUGGGGGAACAAUUCUAAAACUUACUAAUUGUAACAAAUUUUGAUAUAUGUUGUGCUGGUUGUUCAUGCCUUUUUACCUUGUUUGACUUUCAGGUGUUUUGUUGGUUAAUGUUCUUUGUGACAAAGGACAGAAAAAGUAACCCAUGUUCAAUGGUUCAUUUCCUUUUUGUUA